AUGAAAUUUGUAGCCCUUUUUAUCGCCAUUAUGUUGGCAUUCCAAUUCGCCUCUGCUGGUAAUGCAUUUGGAGGACAAUGGCAAUUAUUUUCACAACAAUAUGGAUGUGCACAACUCAAGGUUGAAGCUACUCCUGGAAGUACUGCUGGAAACUGGAUAUUUUUCAAUCCAACUACACCCAGCCAAAUAUAUUUAAAUAUCGUCGUUGUUGACUCUCAAACCUGGAAAGGUUCAGUCCAAGGUUACGUAGAUAAUUCUCCAACCGGGAUUUGGUAUGCAGCUAACGGCACCAUAGACAAUUACUACUCUAUAAGUGGUGCUUCAGCACCAGAUCAAGGUCAAGGAUGGGAUGGUUAUGAAUUCCAAAUGGUUUUACUUUCCCCAUGUUCCUAA